AUGAAAAUUGUAUAACAGGUAUACAUGGAAUGGAUACAGGUUGGCUAUACGAGGUCUUGGACGCAACGAAGACGAUGAUGAUCGUCGUUCAGAGACGGUAGUAGAUACUUUAUAGCUUCAGGUGAUCGCAGGUGAACUCGUUGGUUUGUGUUGUACAUGAUCGGUGAUCGUUGUGUGCUGUUGUCUUUUACCUUUGGAUUAAAUGAGAGAAAAAGAGGCAAUCGUAAUCGAGCAAGUAAGCAUACUUCGUCCGUAUGGUUGGGACCAAAGGAAAAGAACACCUUAUUGAAUUCGUAGAUAUACCGCGGUGCGAUCGACCACUGAUCGUGUGUGUUAUACUAACAAGAAGAAGAAGAAGUGUUUGGUGCGCUAUUUUCUUUCAUCAGAAGGUCAUGGCUAGAUACUUGCUGGCGAUUUUGAGCAGACAGUAUUAGUUGAUCAGUCCAAAGAAAUGGAUCUUCUUCUAAACGAUCGCGAUUUGAUUUUUUUAAUUUUAAGAUCGUUGUUUUAUUUUAACACGAUCAUUUUUUCGUGAAUUAUCCGACACCUUUAAGUAUUGUUAAGUGCUUUACGGGAUAUAUUUUUGCGGUUUACUCCAUAAGUGUGCUUACAUAAUACAUAUAUCGGUUUUUUUUAAACAAAACCAGUUGAGAGACUAAAGCAGGCGCAAGAACUUUAUUUGGGACAUAGACACUUUCUUAGGGUAAUUCCCAAACAGAUUGAAUAUUAGUGUAUAUGAUAUUCUGUCAUCGAUUUAUUCAGUGUCAACAUUGACGGUAUAUUAUAUUCCACAAAUGUUUCAUUGGAAUUCGCGUAUUUGGCGUUUUGUUUAGUUUUUUUUUCGCGAGUCAGCUGUUUAAGUUCAUCAGUGCAGACAUUUAUUGGUGCGAGCUAUAAAAUAAAUCUAUAAAAUGGAAACGUGCGUGUUGAUUCCUCAAGAAUUUUCCCUGGCAUUGACAGCUGGGGCUCGAAAUCCAGAGCAACAAAUUACUGUUUGGACUACGACAAAACUACAACAGGGUACUUUAUUCUACCCAUUUCAAGGAACGAUUCGCAUAGAUAACUUGGAUAUAUUCAAGUAUUUAGACGAUGAAGAUAUUCGCUAUCGAUUUGGUUUAUACGAUGAAAUUUCAUAUAACUUCGGUAAGCGCGUUCGACAUUGCAAUUGGAUACGAUUUCUUCGAGUCUCCGACACAUAUGGGCCACAAGUCAAUUUAGUUUGCACGAAAGUCAAAGGAGAACCUAUCUAUGAGGUCGUUCAACCAAUUGGGCCACACCAAGAGCUUAUUGUCUAUUUCCUGCCAGAACGGCCUGAGGAAGUGUUUUUUGUUCGAAUGCGAACAUCGCUGUACCGACAAACGAUGGAUUCAAUACUUGAAGGAUCUCCACUUGAUUUAUCCAUGUCGCUACUCUCGCGUGUACUGUUACCAAUAUCGCCACCAUCUAGCAGCGAAGAUGAACACAAAUCGAUAUCUAGCGACUCAUCAUCUGGAUCGAUAUCAUCGCUGGUGGAGAAUACGGCUGACAUGUUAACAGCAUCAUCUGUCCAGCGGACACCACCGCGAGCGAGAAGCGGUCGAGGUGAACGUUCACUUUUACCAUGCGAGGUUUGCGGUAAGGCGUUCGAUCGACCCAGCUUGCUUAAGAGGCAUAUGCGUACUCACACAGGCGAAAAACCUCAUGUGUGUAUGGUAUGCGGCAAAGGCUUUAGUACAUCGAGUUCGCUUAACACACAUCGGCGGAUACAUUCUGGCGAGAAACCCCAUCAAUGUCAAGUUUGUGGGAAACGAUUUACAGCCAGCUCGAAUUUAUACUAUCAUCGGAUGACACAUAUUAAGGAGAAACCGCAUAAAUGUGGAUUGUGCUCUAAGUCUUUCCCUACGCCUGGAGAUUUAAAGUCACACAUGUAUGUGCAUAGUGGAUCGUGGCCUUUCAAGUGUCAUAUCUGUUCUCGUGGAUUCUCCAAGCACACAAAUCUAAAGAAUCAUCUUUUCUUACACACAGGGGAUAAGCCGCAUGCGUGUGAAUUAUGCAACAAAAAAUUUGCGCUAGCUUGUAAUCUGAGGGCACAUAUGAAAACACAUGAAGGUGAUCCACAAGAUGAAUGUGUCCGAUGCGGUAAAGUAUUUUUAACGUCGGCCAGUGGCAGUCUUAAUCAAGGUGUCUGCAUGAAUUGCUGCACGAAAGAUACCGCCGACACUCUUAAGACCGGUUUUCGAUCAUCCGGUGAAUCGACAACAGAAGACGAGGAGUCAUCAAAUGGCGGAACAGAAUUCAGUGACAAAUAAGAAGUAAGCGUGCACCGUCUGGCACCACUUUGAAACGCAAGUACUGAGUAAUGCCUUAGCAAAAGAAAAAUAACAGGAGUAAAAUCCAACUGCAAUUAUAAAAGAACGAUCAAAUAUGUAGCUGAUGACUCCAUUGUAAAUAAUGAAAGCCACAUGAAACAAUCGAGAUAAAAUACUGAAGGGAUGCUGGACCAUCUACUAUGUAUUCUUCUUCAAAAAUAAUUACUUUUAAUUAUCAUGAUUUUUUUUUUGUGAAAUUCCAUUUGUGCCCAAUUUUUAAAGUAUUUCCACGCACAGCACCAUAUAAAAUAUUGUAAAUACGCACAAAAUUGCUGACACAUGUUUUCAAAAAUUUUAUUUUUAACUAUAAUCACUUGAACUUACAAUUAUGUAAUAAAAAGGAGAAAAAUCACGAUCUCUCGUAAGUCGCAAAAAAGAUGAUUCAAGUAACCACAUCUCAAUGCUAAUGCAAAAGAACCAAACAUUUUGUUUUUUAUUUUCCAUAUAGUUAUUUUAAUAUAAUUGGUAGUAAUUUAUUUUAGCAAAUAAAUACCACUUAAUAUCUUA